AAUACAAAAAACAUUUUUUAAAUAAUGUUUGUUGUUCCCCUUUCUGGAACUUACCCCAAUCUCCUCUAUACUCUUCUUCUUCACUGAACUCUGAAGCUCACAAUCCACCUGAUUAUGGCGCUUGCUCACUAUUUGGUUGCAGUUCCCAUUGAACCUUCCCCUAAAUCCCCAAAAUCUUCCUUAUUGAAUCCACCAUUUUCAAUUUCAUCAAACAGUUUAAACUUGUUUGCUUCUCUCCCUUCCAAACCUCAUAAACAACACUCUCUAUUCUCCAGAUUCCGCAGGGUCACCCAUAAAGCUAAGGCUAAGGCACAAGAACCUGAAGUGAGUGCAGCUAGUGAUGCCUUUACACAAUUCAAGCAUCUGCUUUUGCCUAUUACUGAUAGGAAUCCUUAUCUCUCUGAAGGAACAAGACAAGCUAUAGCAACUACCACUGCUUUGGCAAAAAAGUAUGGAGCUGACAUUACAGUAAUAGUUAUUGAUGAACAGCAGAAAGAGUCACUACCUGAGCACGAGACGCAACUAUCCAGCAUCCGCUGGCAUAUUUCUGAAGGUGGAUUCAAGGAUUACAACUUACUCGAGCGGCUCGGAGAAGGGAGCAAGCCAACGGCGAUCAUUGGCGAUGUUGCCGACGAGCUCAAUUUGGACUUGGUAGUUAUUAGCAUGGAAGCAAUCCACACAAAGCAUAUAGAUGCAAACUUGCUUGCCGAGUUCAUUCCAUGUCCUGUUAUGCUUCUGCCAUUGUAGUUUCCAUUGUUUUGGUAAACAUUGCAGGGCAUGCUUUUAUCCUGGUUGCUGUCCUUUCUGCAAUCUUGAUAUUCCUUGUUCUUAGCAUUUGAUUUGAUUCUACAGUUUCUAGGAUAAUUUUGUUGAAAAUGUUUGAUUGCAUCUUUUACUAAGAUGGGUUUAUAUGUAUAUAUGUAACGCAGAACAGAAGUGGAUCAUGUUACAAUUUCCUUUU